AUGUUCAAGAGUGAGGUGCUGGGAUGCAAGUGGAAUAGGGAUGCUGCGGUCCAUGAAUACCACAAGUCGGAGAAGGGAGUACCGAGAGUAGCUGGAUGGGACCAUGUAUUCAAUGAGCCUAACUCAACAGAGAUGGCGAUGCAGGAGGCUUCUACAGGGCCCAAACGUGGCACUAAAGAUGUUCAACUGAAAACAAACAAGAGACAAAUAGAAAUAGAAGAACCUAGAAUGGGACUAGGAGCGGAAACCCGAUUUUUGGUAUGCAUGGCCAUCAUAGAGGAGGCCUUGUCGCUCAACAAUUCCGAUGACUUGACUCCUACUCCCACAUUUGAGGUUUAUAGGGAUUUCUCUAGGACUUUGUCUGCAUUGGGUACCAAUAGCAGUAUGAUGUAUAAAAGUACAGCUGUCGCCUAG